AUCUUCUUAUAGGCUUUUGUAGCAUCUUACUGUUUUCGAGGAAGGUGCGAUCUGAGUUUCUAGCGAUGGCGAAACUAAACCCUAACUUCAUCUCUCUGAUCCUUAUCGGCCUCGUCGCGAUCGCAUCUGCUAGCGUUAUCUUCGAGGAGAAAUUCGACGAUGGAUGGGAGAACAGAUGGGUGAAAUCUGACUGGAAGAAAGAUGACAACACUGCUGGAGAAUGGAGCCACACAGCUGGCAACUGGUCUGGUGACGCUAACGACAAAGGUAUCCAGACUAGCGAGGACUACAGAUUCUACGCCAUUUCAGCUGAGUUCCCUGAGUUCACCAACAAGGACAAGACCCUUGUGUUCCAGUUCUCUGUCAAGCACGAGCAGAAGCUUGACUGUGGUGGUGGAUACAUGAAGCUUCUCAGUGGUGAUGUUGACCAGAAGAAAUUCGGUGGAGACACUCCUUACAGCAUCAUGUUCGGUCCUGAUAUCUGUGGCUACGACACUAAGAAAGUGCAUGCUAUCCUUACCUACAAUGGAAAAAACCAUCUGAUCAAGAAGGAGGUUCCAUGUGAGACUGAUCAGCUCACGCAUGUCUACACGUUUAUCCUCCGCCCAGAUGCUACUUACAGCAUUCUUAUCGAUAACGUUGAGAAGCAAACUGGUAGCCUCUACUCCGACUGGGAUCUACUCCCAGCCAAGAAGAUUAAGGAUCCAAGCGCCAAGAAGCCUGAGGACUGGGAUGACAAAGAGUACAUUCCUGAUCCUGAAGACACAAAGCCAGCUGGAUACGAUGACAUCCCAAAGGAGAUCCCAGACGCUGAUGCAAAGAAGCCCGAGGACUGGGAUGAUGAAGAAGAUGGUGAGUGGACUGCCCCUACCAUUCCCAACCCCGAGUACAACGGUGAAUGGAAGCCCAAGAAAAUCAAGAACCCUAACUACAAGGGCAAAUGGAAGGCUCCAAUGAUUGACAACCCUGACUUCAAGGAUGACCCAGAACUCUAUGUCUUCAAAUUUAAGUAUGUUGGAGUAGAGUUGUGGCAGGUGAAAUCUGGAUCAUUGUUCGACAAUGUCUUAGUCUGCGAUGACCCUGACUACGCUAAGAAGUUGGCUGAGGAAACCUGGGGAAAGCUCAAGGAUGCUGAGAAAGCAGCAUUCGACGAAGCUGAGAAGAAGAGAGAGGAAGAGGAAUCAAAGGAUGCUCCCGCUGCUGAUUCUGAUGCUGAGGAUGAACAAGAUGACGAUGACCAUGAAGGAGAUGAAUCCGACACUGAAUCAAAAACUGAGGAAACCAAGGAAGAAGCCUCCUCGGACAAGGAUGAUGCCGCCCAUGACGAGCUCUAAGCCGAAGAAGGUGGAGAUUAUGAAGGAUUCAACAAGUUUUCAGAGUCGUAUUUGUUUUUCUUUCUUUUAAAGAAUUAUUUCAGCGCUAGUUUGUUGGGGAUGUUAGAACUUUUUUAGCUACCAAAAAAAAAGAAUAUGGUGAAAUGAUGGGCGUGGCAGCUUCUUUUAGACUUUGAUAAAUUCCUGACUUUCUGAUA